AUUCUAAAAUUUGUUCAUUACAUUGGAGGAUGGAAUCAAAACAUGGAGUAUGUUAACUUUGAAGCAAUGGGAAUGCUGGUACAGCAUGACAGUAGCUAUAGGAAUUUUCUGGAUAUAGGAACUUUCUGGAAAUAUUGUCACAGCAACUCAAUAUAAACCAUUUGUCAACCUUAUUGGAGAUCAAAUAUCAAGUGAAAAUCAAUUAUCCCCCGAUGAAAAUAAUAGACAAUGAAAGCUUGAAAUUCUACUUGGAGCUUAAAAAGAAUGUAACAGAUUGCAUGAUAUAUCCAUUAUGCGUUUCAGUCGCAUCGCCCGGAAAGGAAAUAGCUUUCUUCGACACAACAUUCAAAGACGGCAAAAGAACUUCGGGAAGCAUUUUAUGAAGCAGCAAAAGCUUACACAGCUGAUGUAUUUGACACCUACAUGAAAUAAAUUAGCAGUAUGUGUAGAGGUUUAAAGCCAUAUCUAGAAGCUGUUGGUUACAAGAAAUGGGCAAGAUCACAUUGCGAUAGUAACCGGCACAAAGUCAUGACAACAAACAUAGUAGAAUCAAUGAAUUACAUAAUAAAAGCAGGUAAGGCUCUCCCGGUCACAUUACUUGAGUACCUACGCAAAAUGGUACAAGAAUGGAGCUACACAAACAGGCAUUUGGCUAGAUCAACUUUCACAGCCCUAUCGAAAAGAGCAGAAGAUGUCUUGAAUGACAAUUACAUUCAAUCAAUGAAAUUAGUGGUUUCAAGUUCAAAUGACAGUGUAAAGACAGUUUAUGCACAUACAACAAAAUUCAUUGUAGAUCUAAAAGAAAGAACAUGCACAUGUAGGAGAUUCUAGAUUGAUGAAAUUCCUUGCCCACACGCAAUGGCUAUACUCAAAGACAUGAAUCAAGAUCAUUACAAAUUUUGUUCCCAUUACUUCACCAAAGAAACAAUACUAAAGAUUUAUGACGAAACAGUUUAUCCGGUGGAAGAUGAGAGUACGCGAAAUGUGCCGGGAGAAGUAGCACAAAAGAUUGUCACACCACCGGAAGGAAGAACAAAGUCAGGAAGGCCUCAGAAUAAAAGAAUGAGAUCUAGUUUGGAAAAAAUAAAUCAUAACAAAUGCAGUAGAUGUCGGCUAUAUGAACACAAUGUGAAGACAUGUAGGAAU